CAAGAGCAGUGGAGGCUUCAUCGGCUGAGCUGCUGGCAGUUUAAGAACAACAGAAGGGCGCACAGUGACCGUGGAAGGGGACCAGUUUGUUGGGAGGGCACUGCCGUACGAGCAGGGCAUUUUUAAUCUCCGAACUGGCAGAAAACUGCAUUCAUUUUUUCCUCGAAACGAGAGGCUAGUGCCGAGAGGACCCAGGAAAACAAGUCGGACAUGAACGGGGAGAUUGUAUGCAAUAGCCAUUCAGUCACCGUCUUAAGCUGCACCAAGUCCAUAUCAGCAGUUCACGAUGAAAAGAUGAUUAAGCUGCCACAGGAGGGAAGGUGCUCUCCGAUAUGCUGCCAGCAAAAUGACACUCAGAGGCAGGGAGAGGGCAGUAGAACAAAUACCAUCAGCGCCACACCAAAAGACUCAAAGACGGAUUUCCCGGAGAUGGAGAGCAGCUACAGCCAGUGUUCACCCUGCUGGUCAGAUGAACAGCCGUCUCCUCCGCAGCUCUACUGCUCUCAGACCUGCCUUCGUUCCCCCGCUGAACUCCCCCUGCCCCUCAGCAACAGCUUAUCUCACGCGCCCCUCCACGCCAACAACAGCAGCGCUCUGCGCAGCCACCAGAGGAGGGGGGUCCGCCUCAAGGUCAAAGGAAAGAAAUCCACGCUAAGAAUUGCAGGAGGCAAAAACUCCCAAAACCGCAAAGUUACUGACUACUAUCCAAUAAGACGCAGCUCAAGAAAAAGUAAAACGGAGCUUAAGUGUGAAGAAAAGAAGCACAUAGACGAGCUCAUCACAAAGGGAAUAGAGGAAGGCAUGGAGGUGCAGCAUAUAGAAGGAAAGGGGAGAGCAGUGUUUGCCAACCGCUGUUUCCAGAAAGGCGAGUAUGUGGUGGAGUACCACGGAGACCUGCUGCAGAUCACCGACGCCAAAAAGAGGGAGGCCGAAUACGCUCAAAACCCUGCGACCGGCUGCUACAUGUACUACUUCCAGUACCUCUGCAAAACUUUCUGUGUGGACGCCACAAAAGAGACCGGUCGAAUGGGUAGGCUGAUCAAUCACAGUAAAAAUGGAAACUGCCAAACCAAACUCCACGACAUCAACGGCGUCCCUCACCUCAUCCUCGUUGCCUCCCGGGACAUCGACGAGGGUGAGGAGUUGCUCUAUGACUAUGGAGACCGCAGCAAAGCCUCCAUCGCGGCUCACCCGUGGCUCAAAUAUUGAUCGAAGGGUCCUCGAGAAGGGAAACGUACAGUAACACUCGUGUUUCUCAUUAGCUAGUGUACAAAAUGCCUUAGAAACAGAAUGUGUUCCCUUUUUGUUCCAGUAUUGAGGAAGUGGGAGGGGGGUUAUGUGUUCAUGGGAGGGGUCAGUGAGGUACUUCACAUUUCAAUUGAGGCCCGUCUGCCUUGUCAGAUGGCAUCUGUACUUUUUAUUUAUGUGUAUAUGAAACAUUCUGGUUGUUUUGCAGCACAUUUAUUUUGUACAUUUUGUAUUCCUUAUAGACCAGUGCUUCUACAGCAUGCAGCUGGUAGUUAAUGCUCUGCAUUUUUAUACUGCUUUUUCUUAAUUAGUUAGCAAUACUUGUAUUUAUGGCCCCAGAGCCCUUUUGGAUCAGCGAUGAGAUGCAAAUUACAAACCCUUUUUAAAAAAGUAUAUUCUGUUUAAGUGGAAUUUGAUUUCAGAUGUCAAAACUCACACAAUCUCCCGUCGUUAAGUGGAAGUGAAAUAAUUUACAGAACUCAUUUUUGGGUGUUGAUUACAAAUAAUGUGACACCGGAUCAAAGUAUUUUACAUCCUGAAGUGUAAAAUAAUGUAGUGUUGAACAUAGAGACUGAAAGGAUCAUACAGGAAUACAGAAAUGAAUCAUUUUCAUGCUUUUUUUGUUUAGUUUUUAGCCUAUAUUGUAUUUUUUAAUAUUUAAGAUGCACAAUACAUUCGAAUUAUCAUGUAGCAAAUGUUCAUAGAAUACAAAGCAAACACCUACAACACAUUCUGUCAUGUCUGAAAGUUUGUUUGGUAUAAGCCCACUAAGAUAAAUGGACUCCGCAAUGAAACAUUUCUCUGUAACCUCGACUGGCGGACCUGAGUAUCUCGUCGCUUCGCAGCCGUCAGACCUUCCUUUUAAUUCACUUACACAGAACUUCACGACCCUGUCAAUGUUUCUGCACCAUGUAAAUAUAUUUAUUGGCUUGCUGAUGCAAAUUAUCGGUGGUUUAAAAGGAUCAGGGAAGACUUUUCACCUUCUUACAAAGAGUAACUUUACCUUUUUUAGCCCACAGCUAGUCCAUCAGAGGCUCCUCGUCAUGCGAGAGGAGAAAUGAAGUGUUCAGAAAUCCAAAGCCCCCGCUAAGUUUUGUGAUUACAAGUUUAAGCAGACACAAAACCACUGAAUAAAAUUCUACGUUUCAUUUAAAAAGUCUUCACUUCUUUGAACAGGUGAAUAUUUCCAGCCUAGUUCAGUCAUCAGUUUCUCGGUCAUGUCGCCUCACUCAUAUUGUCACUGGAGAGAAGAGAGGCAGAUUUAAUGGAAUGUAGAUUUUUUGGGGGGUCCAAAAUUUACUCCAAAAGUAGCCCAAUUAUCACAAUCCAGCAAAUAUCUGCAUCAAAUCAAAAGCAGUGACUGUAAAAAGCAGAUUGUGUUACAUUUGGACAGAGCAGGCUAGCUGCUCCCACCUGUUUCCAGUCUUUAAGCUAAGCUAAGCUAAUAUAUUUAGCUUCAUAUGUAACGGACAGAUACGAGAGUGACGUUGAUGUUCUAAUCUAACUCCCAAUAAGAAAGUGAAUACGGUAAUUUCCCAAAAUGUCAAACUCGUCUUUAAUGUGUCACAUCUGUUUUCUGCUCGCGCACUCGCUCACACACACGACCGGCCUCGUCCAGGCGGGUUCGGUGAACUCUUACACUGUCUGUGGUGGAUCUUUGCAGGUUUUCUACACAUCUGUUCUUCAUGCUCACAAAACUGUCUUAUUGUUCACAGCCAGAUGUUCCAUAUGAAAAUGUUAAACAGCUGCACCAACAGGUCAUCAGGUCAUUUUUUACUUUUGAUUUUAGUAGCUGUUUCGGAUGUUUUCCAUGAAUUGUAGCCAGAAGGUUACUCCAGAGUUCUCACAGUGACAUUUCUCCCAUUUAUCUUAUUUAUUCCUAUUUAUCCUGAUCUAGAGCGUCACUGACAAAUGAAUUAUUAUUUUUCUUUGGGCUAAUUGCUAAUAAGUUUCAAUAAUACUUGUUUUUUUAUAGAAAUGACAGAAAUCACAGUGGCAUCUCGCUUAAAUAUCAACUGUAUUUUAUCUUGAGUAAUCUAAGAAUAAUAACCAGAGAAAACGGCCACAUGCAGCGCAGCAGUCGUGAGUUUGAGCAUCGCUGGAUAACAGCUGAAGUCAGAGUGACGGAUCAGUUUUAAAGCAUAAGCCUGAUGAUAUUCUACAUUGUUGUUACGCUCAACAAAUCCCAUGAAAGAUGAAGUUUUUUUUUAAAUAACCAGGAGGGAAUGGUGUGAAUUUACUGAUGAAUCAGAGUUCAUUGUUUGGAUUCAGUGGUUCAGUACAAGCAUGAUGAAUUCAAAUGUAUUAUUAAUAUCUCAUUUAUAAUUUUUUAUUAUGAGUUUCAUUGUUUUGGGCUCCGUCUUAAAGGAACAGUUUGACGUUUUAUUAUGCCUACGAAUAUCUUUCUGUUAAACAUGAAACUACAGCAACAAGAUGGUCAGCUUAGCUUAGCAUAAAGGCGGUGAACAAGGGAGGACAGCUCGCCUGGCUCUGUCCUGAGGUUACCUUCCACCACCAACGAGAACUUGCUAAUUAACAUGUUACCUCUCCUGUUGGGGGGGUGGAUUUUUUCACACUUUUCAGACUUUUCAGACCCCUUUGUUUCCAGUUUUUAUGCUAAGCCCAGCUAAUAACCUCCAGACUGUAGCUUCAGAUCUGAAGAAGUGUCAUCAGUGUUCAUGCACAGUGCCCGGUCACAUGUGUGUGUGUGUGUGUGUGAAACACGUAAAGAUUUCCCCUGCCACCUGUAACAGUAGCAUCGUGUCACAUGUGUGAAAUGUUCGUACGAGCCUUUCUUCAACAAACAUGUUGCGUCUUGGAUGAUUCCAUUCAUCAUGUGAAACUAAUGCAAUAAUACCUGUGGGAACAACGGACCUGUUUUAGGACAGACUAGAUCUUUGCUGUUGUAGCGUUGAAUAAAUCUUAAUGCUGGGGUUUAGGCAUCGAUGAAUAAAGAUGUGAUA